GCAUUUCGCAUAUUUAAUAUUGGUCGCAAAUACAAUUCGCAAUUAUUCAAUCGCGAGCAGCAUUGCAGUGCGGAUCCCCCGAAAUUCAGUUAAAAAAUAUACAUACGUUCAGCGGUCUUUCCACAUCUCAUACACAAUUUAUUUGACAGUUUUGAGUUUGACUUCGAGUUUGAGUUCGAGUUCUACAAACAACCGUAAAACAAGUGGAGUAUAGUGGUGUGUGGUGUCAGUGCUUCUUAUAAAGCUGAAGUGCUGUUGAAAAGUAAAUAUUUUUGAAAUUAUUACCCAUUAAAUCACCUGGCAACGCUUUAGCCGUAUAAACGUCAUUAGCAACGUAAAUAUCGUUAACUUCAUAGAAAUAUCGUAUAAAAAUCAUAAUAAAAUCAACAUAAUACAAAUGAAAUAAAAAAAUUCAGUGCAAUUAAAUAGCAACAAAUAAAAAAAAAAAGUAUUAAAACAGUGUAAAUGUGAAUAAAAAUCAAUUGGACUGCAAUUUUUCUCGAAUAAAAAACUGCUGCAUUUAUUUACGAAUCUGUGCUAUCGCACUAGUUGUGUUUAUUAAUUCAACGAAAAAAUAAGAUAUAUGAGUAACUCAUUUCAAAAUCACAAUAAAAGUUAAAUUAAUAACAAUUGUGCCACAUAACUACAACAAUGAUAACAAUAAAAACACCAACAGUGAUGAAGUGUUUUUUAUGCAAAUAAGAACCGCAAUUUCGCAUUGAUGGAGUGUUGAACAUAAUCUCAUAAAAAAUCAACAAAAACUACACACACAUAAAUAUAUAUCUACUUACAACAGCAACUCCAUACUACUUCACGACGCCUGCAUUUAGUUGAACUAAACUAAAAAUAAAUCUACCGAAGCAAAACCGACGGAAACACGCAAAACGGAAAAAGACACUGCCAUAUAAAAAACAGAAGCUGCAAACUUUACAACCUUCAACUUCAAAACUACCUCGUUUAAGCUACAAAAUAUUGAAAAUAAUUCGUAAAACCGAUUAAAAAUAAGCUGCCAGUGUCUUUGUUAAGACACCAACAAGACAACAAACGCAUAAAACUCUAAACAAAACUAUACAAAAAGAAAUUAAGAAGCUCCAACCGGGGAACUUAACUGUUAUCAACUAUUUUACAAUAACAAAAAGUCAAAAUUAGAUAUCGAAAAUGGAUGAAUAUUUAGUAGAAAUCUCAUAGAAUAAUUAAAUUUGAAACACACAAAUCCCACUUACACCCAUCCACCCUUCCCUCCAACAAAAAUAUCCCAGCUACACAACACCAACCCUAACGAACUCCUACAUUACCUACUACCCCAACUAAAAAACACCGACAGCUACAACAAAAUAUGAAUCCCUCGACAAAUGCCAGCGACGUCGAUGCCGCGGCAAAUCCACAAAUGCUCAAUUUUCAGUCUCCACAACGCCAGAUAAAGCCAAGCACAGCUUCAAGUCCAGCUGGUACACCCUACAAACACAAUGGCAGCAAUGGCGAUGCUAGUCUGAACGGCACACCAUUACACAAUGGUCACGGCAAUGCGAAUGGCAGUAAUGGUUAUCAGAAUGGUACACGACGUGAUUCUACGCAGGCCUGGACCCCACUACUGUCGAACGGUAAUGGUAACAGUGCUGCACUAAACAAUGGUAAUGGCAACACUGGCUUGACAGACAACAGUUUAGUUGGCACAGCAAGUAUUAAUGGAGCGGAAGACGGCAGUCUAGCAGGACAAGAUGCGAAUGAAACACUAGGUGAUCCCACCACUGUACUAUACACCAAAUCGACCAGUAAUAACAACGAAUGGAAAGAUGCCGAACAAAUUAAUAACCUCAAAAACGGUCUGUUACAUUAUCCGGUUAAUCAUCAGGGCAACAAUAAUGGUUCGCUAAUGAACGGCAAGAAUGGUAUCGGCUUGGGCGUACCAGACAAGUAUGAUGAACAAGAUCCACUUACCGGCUUAUACGCACAAAAAAAUACACGAACGCGUGAACCGGAUGAAUCGGAUACAGAUUCCGAGUUGAGUAAUGGCGAUCGACAAGCUCCCGGCUGCGGUUUAUUCGGCUGUCGGCCGAAAUGGGCGCGUAACUUUGCCUCGACCAAUGUCUUCAUGGUGGUCUUUUUGCUCGCCUACAUUUUACAGGGCAUGUAUAUGACAUAUUUCGUGUCGGUGAUCACUACCAUCGAGAAACUAUUUCAGAUUAAAUCGAAAACGACGGGUUUUCUACUAAGCGCCAGUGAGAUGGGUCAAAUUAGUACCGCUAUGUUGUUAACCUACUUCGCGGGACGUGGUCAUCGCCCACGUUGGAUCGCUUGCGGCAUGGUAUUAUUCUCCAUUGCAGCUUUCGCUUGCUCAUUGCCGCAUUUUAUAUUUGGCAAACAACUGAUGCAAUCACUUGAUACGCUCAGUAACGGCGGCAAUGGUGGUAAUGCGGCAAUGCGCGCCUUACAUGGUCAAAUGCUGCACGCCAGUUAUGGACUGCAUGGAAUGAAUGACACAAUAAAUGCGACAAGUGCGAACGCAUUGGAAGGCGGUCUCAGUGCAUUGUUGGCCAAUGUGCCGGGCUCACACGAAAUGAAUCUGUGCAUACCGGGACAGAACUCAACGAAUUCCAAUUCAGAAUGCGAUGAGGAUCAAAAACUGGAGCAGGCAUCACACUCAAAAAUCACCGUUAUUGUACUGUGCAUAUUCUUCGCUAGUCUCUUGAGCUCUGGCAUUGGACAGACGGCAGUAGCCACACUAGGCAUACCCUACAUAGAUGAUAAUGUGGCAAGUAAACAGUCACCCAUGUAUAUGGCCAUAACAAUUGGUGUACGCAUUUUGGGACCCGCUUCCGGUUUUAUUGUGGGCUCAUUUUGUACACGCUGGUAUGUGAAUUUCUCCAAUCCCGGCUUCGAUGCAAGCGAUCCACGUUGGAUUGGUGCCUGGUGGCUGGGACCAGUCGGUAUUGGCACUCUCAUGUUGCUGUCUUCUCUUGCAAUGUUCUCAUUCCCAAAACAGUUGCGCGGCAAACGAAACCCCAAUGCCGGCGAGGCUAAAGCGGAUGGCGGUGAUGAGGCUGCAGCCGCAGUGGAGGUAGAUGAGAAGCCGAAAUUGAGAGAUUUUCCAAAGACCGUACGACGUCAACUGAAAAAUGACAUUUUGAUGUUCCGCACGGCUUCUUGUGUCUUCCAUCUCUUGCCAAUCGCUGGACUCUAUACUUUCCUACCGAAAUACCUCGAAACACAGUUCCGUUUAACCACCUAUGAUGCCAGCAUGAUUGCCGCCUUUUGUGGCAUACUCGUCAUGGGUGUGGGCAUUGUAAUAUCCGGUUUGGUCAUUUUGAAGUUGAAACCGUCGGCGCGUUCCGUAGCCGCUUGGAUUGCAUUUACAGCGCUGUUCUACUCAGCCGGCAUGGUUGUGCUGAUAUUCGUGGGAUGUAGCAUGAACGAUUUUGCUGGUUACAAGAGUGCUACGAGUGAUUCUCCCGCCAUGAUCGAACCAGCAUGUGACCUCAAUUGUUCCUGUGAUACGGGUAAUUACGCCCCCAUUUGCGGCAUGGAUGGUCGUAUAUAUAUUUCCACCUGUCAUGCGGGUUGUGCAGCGUCAGCAUUGACUGAUAACGGCACCUUAUUCAGUAACUGUACAUGCAUUCCAGAUUCUUUUAAGAACCAAGCGAUCGGCGGAUAUUGCGCUAAUAACUGUAAGAAUUUCAUAUUCUUCAUCAUUAUAUUCGCCGUUUGUGUGUUUAUGCAUUCGACAUCGGAGGUGGGCAGCAUGUUGUUGGUGAUGCGUUGCACACAUCCAAAUGACAAAGCCAUGGCUAUGGGCAUCAUACAGUCGGCGAUUGGAUUAUUCGGUAAUGUUCCUUGUCCAAUUAUUUAUGGCGCGGUGGUCGAUUCGGCGUGUCUCCUCUGGAAAACGGUGUGCGGCAAGCAUGGAGCCUGCUCGCUGUACGAUUCAGACACGUUUAGGCACUAUUUUCUCGGUAUUACCGCCGGCAUAAUGUUCCUGGCAUUCAUAAUGGAUCUGGUGGUGUGGAGCAAGGCGCAUCGCAUCGACAUAACGCCCGAGGACGGCAGUGAGCCGCACGGCAAACAAACAGCCGCAGAGACGGAGUGCAAAAAGUCAAUGGUGGCGCCGGAUACGAGCGUCUGAGCAGCACUUCCAUCCAAAGGAGUGCGGACAUAUGUAGCUGAAAGAACAAAAACAAAAAAAAAUUAAACAAGAAAACAUUUGAAUAAGUGUCUUAAGGGCUUGUUUCACACAAACAAAAAGUUUCAAAACGGUAUUCAGUUAAAGAUAUAGAAAAUGAGUUGAGCAACUGGUUGAGAAUAUGUUCUAAGUAAUGUGAACAUGACGACGCACAAUAUGGCCAAAACAAAGGCGCUCGAUAAAUGCAAAGCAGGAUAUGUGUGUGUGUGUCUGUCACAUGCUUUGUGAGAAUUUGCCGACGAAGGAAUGCGAUUUUGCAUUUAUUGUUGAUAGUUGAUUUAUUGGUUAGUUUAGUUAAAGUUUAGUUAAUGACAGUUUAGUUAUAGACAGCAAAAACUAUGAAAAGAAAAAAUAAAAAUAAAAAUAAAAAUAAAAACAAAA